AUGCCUGAAAAUAAUGUUCACUUCUUGGCGGGAUCGUUAUCCGGCUUCAUGGUUCGCGCAUUAACACAGCCGUUUGAUGUGAUCAAGAUACGCUUCCAGUUACAAGUGGAACCCAUUAAACCAACAUCAUUAUCAUAUUAUUCGAGCUUUACCCAAGCCUUGUCCCGUAUUGUGAAAGAAGAAGGUUUCACUGGCCUGUGGAAAGGACAUGUACCUGGGCAGCUACUUUCAAUGUGCUUUUGCGGAUUUGAGUUUGCCGUCUUUUACGCUCUGACUGCACUGUCAGAAAAUCAUUCGUUAUCGCUCACUUCUCCUGUGGGGCGUGAGUUGGCGUUCGGUGCUGCAGCUGGAACAAUUGCUGCCGCUUUUUCGCAACCUUUAGAUGUGAUGCGGACUCGCCUUGCAGCUCAGGGGCGAAAUAAGGUGUACUCCGGUCUGCUCAAGGGCACCUCCUGCCUUAUUCGUGAAGAGGGAGUGCUGGCCCUUUGGCGUGGUCUAGGCCCAUCAUGCAUCUUGGUCGCGCCUCAAACUGCAGUCACAUUCGCAAUGUACGAGUAUCUAAGACGAGUCUAUGUUACGCACUUAUCCCUGAACCGUUCGCCGGAUAAUCCGAACAGCAAUGAACUUCCACGCAUUGUCAGCCUUCUUUCUGGUUCCAUUUCCGGUCUGGCAGCCAAGACGACAGUCUAUCCGCUGGAUCUGAUCAAAAAGCGCCUUGCUAUUCGCGGAUUUGAAGAAGCCAGAAAGAGCUUUGGCACACUUCCCAAACAUUACACUUCUGCGUCCUAUAAGCUCUCAAGUAGCGUUAGGCGAGCGGACCGGGUUGACACACAGUUAUACGCCACAUGGGCUUGCUUCCGUGGGAUUGUGGCCCAUGAGGGUAUUGUUGGCUUAUUCAAGGGCUGGACUCCAUCCGCCAUGAAAGCGAUGCUGAGCACCGGUUUGACAUUUUUCUUCUACGAACAAUUUUGCCAUGUCUUUCGGCAUAUUCUCGGGUGAUAUUUUAUUUUUAUUUUUAGCGCUGCAUUUUCUUACGCUUUGGAGGAAAUUAUUUUUCAUCCAUUUUUUGCACACAUGUGCAUCCAUUACUCAGGCGAUAUGGAUAGACCUUAUCGCUUUUCUUUCUUUGUGGCACCAUGUGCUUCAAUUAAAUUACUUACAUCCUAACAUCUUGUUUCGACGCAUGCGCUCACGUUCUCAUUGAGCAUACGAAGGGUUCUUGCGUAACCGAUAAUCCACAUGUCCCGCGUAUUUUCAAUUUCUCCGUCACUUAUAUCGUUUGCCAUCGAAUUUGUAGUUUUGCGUUAUUGAUUUUUUUAGAGUGGUUUCCCAGGUGAAAUGGUUAGAUUUUCAUUCAAAUUCAGACUUCAUU